CGAAAAGCAGCAACACUGUAAAAAAGAUUCUUAUCAUUGCCCUUCCGAUUGCUUUAGCCUCGGCGGCGUUGUGUGUUUUCGUCCUAUUGAAAUUAAGAAAGAAGAGAGCACUGAAAAGACUGCCAACCGGCCACCUUGUGCCCAAGGAGAAGAACAUGAGAAAUACUGAAUCUUUGUUAUUUGAUCUGGAUACAAUUAUAAAAGCAACAAAUAACUUCUCUGAAGAAAAUAAGCUGGGAGAAGGUGGAUUUGGGCCAGUUUAUAAGGGUUUAUUAGAAGAUGGACAACAGAUAGCAGUAAAACGACUUUCAAGAACUUCAACACAAGGAUUUGUAGAAAUGAAGAAUGAGGUUGCUUUGGUUGCCAAGCUUCAGCACAAGAACCUCGUGAGAUUGUUGGGUUGUUGCUUGGAAGAAAACGAAAUGAUGCUUGUUUAUGAAUAUCUCCCCAAGACGAGUCUCGAGAAAUACUUAUUUGAUCCUAAUGAGCGACCACAAUUGGAUUGGGAAACCAGAUAUAAGAUUAUAGAAG